UUCAUUUGAAGUGAAGACAAUCGUAAUCAGAAAAACAUGACGAUGGAUUCGGCCACUUUAAAGUAUUUUUCUUCCAUAAAUCCACUAACCAAGCGAGUAGUUGGUGAUGUAAUACUUGUUGAAGAACUCUUGGCUGACCGAUGGAGUGCAAUGAACCUGAAAGAAAAGGACUCGGCACUGGACGAUUUUUUCGUCAAGCCAGACAUACGACGUGUGUAUCAAGACGCAGAUAGACCAGAGAGAUAUCCAGAGAGUUUCCCUAGAUUAACGAUAUCUUCAGGAGAGAAAAUUAUCAUUGAUGAAAAUAAUGAUUUCUGGACAUGGCAAGAUGAACAUUCAGCUCCUUUCUCCUGGAGAUCAAAGAGUCAGGAAGAUUUAACUUUGGCCGAUUUAGAACCAGAAGAGUUAGCCAAACCCUCGUCAAAGGCAUCCAAAUCCAAAAAGCAGGAAUCCAGUUCAUCUGCCAAACCACCUGAAACGCAGUUCCUGUAUAAGUCCAAAAGCUUAUGGAAUGAUACAUUCCCAGAGAAGCUGAAAGAAAUGAAUUCAGUGAAACAUUCUGAAGUUAUUUUGACACAGAAUAAAACAGAUGAUUCUACAGACAGAAGAAGUCAAAGCCCAGAGGCCAUUAAUUAUGCAUUCAAAGGCAGCAACGGGGAUCUUCGGAAACCAGCAACAGAAAAACAACCAAAUGGAAUCCACCAUAACUCUCCGAAAAGAACACCAUCCAUUAAGUCAGAGACCAAGAACACAAAGUUAAGUUUGUCCUCCUCUUUCUCCAGAAAGAAGCAGCAAGAUGGCGAGCCACUGGUCAACAGCACGAGGAAGGACUCUCUGUCAAAAUCAAAGUCAAGUUCCCGCGAAUUCAACCAGGUGGAACUGAACGCCUUUGACAAUCCUGCAAUGGCAGGAACCGUGGGGUUGUUAAGUCAGGAGGAGGAGAGCUCGAGCAGCAGUAAUUCCUCCCCCGCCCACAAACCGCUGCUGAAGGAACCAGUCAGGCAGACCAUGGAGAGGGAGGGGGUGGUCUUUCACCAGCCUUCGUUUGAGGGGGAGGACGGAUACAGGACCGCUGAAUUGCAACCAUUGGAGAGUUCUCAGUCAGAGGCAUUAAAUGAUUCUUCCAUACCCAUGACUGGGUUUGAUUUCCUAGACAGCUGGUAACAUAUGAAAAUAAUAUACAUGACUAAACUGGACAGAAAUACAUGUACAAUAUAUGUGUCGGAUGUUGACAGCUUCAUCAUGGACGACUAUUCUCCUGGUGAUCCAUAAAAUUUAACCAAUUUUUUUAGUAAGAAUGGAAUAUAUCUGUCAAUAUGUUAUUUAAUAACAAUAUCCAUGUGACAGUCUUCUGAAUUUUUCAUGAUAAUUCACGAUUAUAUACAUUAUAUAUUUAGGAUUUACAUCAUAUUUUACAUGUACACGUAUAUUUGUAUUGUAUAACAUGGCAUGUGGGCUUGUUUUCUGUACAUGUAUGGUUUAUACAACUUUUUAAAAAAUAUUUUUACAACAUUCUGCUUGAAAAUGGUUGAUAAUUCAUAAUUAUUCAUUUUAGUAACUAUGACAACAUAUUUUCAUUCAUAUAUACAUGUACAUGUCCGUAAAAUUUUAUGAACAAAUUUGAUGAAUUUCUCUUUUAUACAUAACAAAGCAGAGUAUUGUCAUGUACAUGUACAUGUUUACUGUAUGACAGUACGUGUGAAUCAGGGUUGUUUUCUGUUUUGGAUCAAGUAGUAACGCUUUAAAGGCAUACCAGUUAAUAAUAGUCUUGAUCAUUUAAAUGAUUUACCUUUGAAUGAUCUGACAAUACCAUGAUCAUUAUUUCAAGCUUCCAUAUUGUUAUUUUGGUUAAAAAUAUUUAUCAUAGAUCUGACUUUGCACUAUCCAGCUUCUAUGAUUGUAUCUGAAUGGUUUAUUAAAAGCCAGAUAUUUUUGGAAGAACAGUGUUUAUAACAUUUUAAGUAGGUAAAAUGUUAAAUUCAUAGCUUCUGUUGUUAGAAUUACCUUGAAUAUUCAAAGCAAUUAUGGUUAAUAUCUUUUUUCUCUAGUACAUGACAAUUUGAGUACAUGUAAAUUAAUGUCAUUCCAUUGACCGUGCAAUCACUUGUGUGCAAUAUCUACAUGUCUUACCAUGAGUCCAUGAACUCAAUACUGUAAACUGUGUUUUUAUUAAAAAAAUUUUCAAUACUGCUGAGAUAGGUUAAAUUUGUAAAUUAUCAUAAAAAACAUGCAAUAAUAAGCAUACACUUAAUUUAAUUCUUCCAUGUUUGUACAUGUGAAUGCAUGCUCUUGUAUUAUCACAUAUGAUCAUAUGAAUACAUGCUCUCGUAUUAUUACUACAGUAUAUUGCUUAUCAUUAGUGUAGAUGUAAUAAGUCCUGUGCUAGAUAUUGAUAUAAGUAUCUAUCACUCAGUGAGUUUCAUCAGCUUAGUUUUAUACCUAUACCAUAGUCCCCUAGUCAAUGUGCAUAAAAGUAAGAAUCUCUUGGGUGAUGGAUAAAACUUUGCUCUCAUAUAUAUUAUAUACUGUAAAUAUAAUGGUUUCACAAAAUCUGUUAACAGAAAUUUUUAUAUCAGAAUUUACAUUACACAAACUAUAAAAUUAAAGCAAUUUUACUCUAAACUCUAAUAAAAUUUCAGAAUUUAA